AUGGACUCAUCCUCACCCACCGGCGCCAAAGUCAUCGCCCAGGCCCUUCACGACCUGGGUGUCACGGUGCUGCACACGUUGGUCGGCAUCCCCGUGGCCGACAUCGCCGAGGAGGCCAUCGACCUGGGCAUCCGCGUCGUCGGGUACCGCAACGAGCAGGCUUGCAGCUACGCCGCCUCCGCGUACGGAUACCUCACGGGCAAGCCGGCCGUGUGUCUGUUGACGGGCGGGCCGGGGAUAUUGCAUGGUAUGGCUGGGAUCGGCAACGCCUCCGCCAAUGCAUUCCCCCUGCUCGUCCUCGGCGGCUCCUCCGAGUCCAGCCUGGCCACCAAGGGCGGUUUCCAAGAAAUGGACGCCAUCGCCCUCCUGACGCCGCACACCAAGAGAGCCAUCCGCCCCACGGCGAGAGACCCGGCCACCAUCGUCGCCGCGAUCCGCAACGCCUACCGCACCGCCUGGUACGGUCGGCCGGGCCCGUCGUUUGUCGACCUACCCACGGAGCUGAUCAUGGAACCUACGACCACCCCGGCAAAGGCCUCAGACGUACACCCACCCAUCAAAGUCCUGUCUCCCCCCAAACCGGCCGCGGACCCGGCCCUCGUCAUCGCGGCAGCGAACCUCCUCAAAUCGGCGGCCGCGCCGCUCGUAAUCGUGGGAAAAGGCGCAGCAUACGCCCGGGCCGAGAACUCGAUUCGCAGCCUCGUCUCGACCCACCACUUACCCUUCCUCCCGACGCCCAUGGGCAAAGGUAUCGUCCCGGACUCGCACCCCCUGAACACGUCGUCCGCCCGCUCGGCCGCGCUCAAGCACGCCGACGUCAUCCUCCUCCUGGGCGCCCGGCUGAACUGGAUCCUCCAUUUCGGAGAGGCCCCCAAGUACCGCCGAGACGUCAAGAUCAUCCAGGUCGACAUCUCGCCCGAGGAGCUGGGCCGGGCCAACAGCCUCGGCGAGCCGUCGCUCAGCAUUUUCGGGGACAUUGGAUUCGUCGUGGAGCAACUCCGGCACGAACUGGGAAGGGAGUGGAAGGCGUUUCCGAGUGACACCUUUCGCUCGUCAUCGUCGUCGCCGCAGCCGUCAUACUUCUCUCUCCUCUCGGCCGCGGCCGCGAAGAAUGAACAAAAGUGGGAUCGUCUGUCGACAACACCUACCAAGCCCAAUGCUCUACUGACGUACGAGCGUGCCUACCACAUCAUCAAGGCUCAGCUCCACGCCCUCUCCCCACCCCAGGACGGCGGCAUCGUGUACGUCUCCGAGGGAGCCAACACCAUGGACAUCUCGCGCAGUGCGUUCCCCCUCGAACAUCCCCGCCAGCGUCUCGACGCCGGCACAUACGCGACCAUGGGCGUCGGGCUGGGGUACGCAAUCGCCGCGUGGGCCGCGCACAACAUCCCGCGCCGGGGCAGCAAGAAGAUUGUCGCGCUCGAGGGAGACUCGGCGUUUGGGUUUUCCGGCAUGGAGAUCGAGACCAUGGCCCGGCACAAGAUGGACGUCCUGAUCAUCCUCAUGAACAACAGCGGCAUAUACAAGGGCGACGCGCCCGACGAGGCCAGCUGGAAGGAAAUGCAGGUGCAGACCGCGCAGGACGAUACGAGGAUCGCCACCAACGCGCCGCCUCGCACGAAGGGUCUGCGGAGUACCUCCCUCCUGUACCAGACGCGGUAUGAGUGUCUGGCCGACAUGGUCGGUGGGAGAGGCUGGCUUGUGCGCACCGAAGACCAGUUGGCCGAGGCGACCAGGCUGGCUUUCCUGGAACGUGAGAAAGUCUGUAUCUUGAACGUCAUCAUUGACCCCGGCCUAAACAGCGCCGCGAGCUUUGGGUGGCUGGAGACCAAGGAGAAGCAUGGCGGUGGAAGCGAAAGCAAAUUGUGA